AGCUGACACAUCAACUUCCAAAAUGGAGGCACUGGAACGGGAGCUUUCGUGUCCGUACUGUCACAACCUGUUUUCCUCUCCGCUCCUGCUGCCCUGUGGACACAGCGUGUGUUGCAAGUGUGCCUACAACCUUCUAGCUUCUUCCGGAACAAGCAAGGCGACCGUACAGCCCGAAUCGUCUGAGGAAACCGACCGAAGUUUCAGCUGCCCCGAGUGUAAGGCUGCCGUGUUUUUGGACGAUAGGGGGUUGGGCUGCCUGUGCCCGAAUCUCACCCUACAGAACAUCAUCGAGAGAGUGAAGGGAACAGAAGCCGCCGCCGCUGCUAGCUCGGGCGGGAACCUGGCCUGCGAGGUCUGCGAGAAAAGCCCCGCAGCCGACGCAGUAAAAACGUGUGUGACUUGCGAGCUGUCCUUCUGCGACAAGUGUCUGAAGGCGGUGCACUCUAGAAAGGCGUUUGUGAAGCACCGCCUGGUUGACCCGCUGACUCGCACGGUGCCGAAGACGCCCAAGUGCGCGGACCACGGGGAGGAGAAGCUGAGUCUGUACUGCGUGUCGGAUGAGACCAUCAUCUGUCCCAGGUGUACCCAGCCGGACGGGAGGCACUCCGCACAUCCCGUGGUAGAACUGCCAGAGAUGUACCAGGAAAUGAAGGACAUCCUACGGACCAGUGUAGAGAAUCUAGCCUGGAGGAUCACAGAUUACGAGAAGGGAAUACAGCUGCUGCAGGCCAUGUAUCAACUUGUCUGUGAGAACGCCUCCCGUCACAAGUCCUCCCUGUUUGUGGAGCUGGACACCCUCAUCUCCACACUACAGAAGAAGAAGCAGGUCCUGGGGGACACGAUUGACCAGGAGCGGAACGACAAACUGUCUGUGCUGAAGACGCACAUCGAGCGCUACCAGGAAAAGAUGGAUCAUGGGAUAGGUGUGGUGGCGCUAGGAGGGAUGGUUCUGAAGGAGAAGGACCCUGCGUGCUUCUUACAGACAGCAGCGGCGGUGAAUGGAAGGUAA